AUGGCCCCCAGUGCCCCCUCUCCCGCCAGCCGCACCUGCUAUUCGCCCUCCCUUGGCCUGCAACUCACUCGGCGGGCCAACUGCUCCAUUCAGCCGUGUUGCAUCGCUCGUCUGCUUCUACCCAUUGGCCUGUCACUUCUUUUCGUCAUUCUACCACCACCGCCCAUCGAUCCAACGACGCUGCCCGUCGACCUACUGAUCCUGCUGCUCACAGUCAGCCCGCCGAACAACGUUCCAGCGGUCGCCCUUGCACGUCCUCGACGUCUGCGUCUUCGUCUGCCAGCCCCUCGGGUUUACUGCCACGAGCGCAGCCUCAAGGGUGUUGUGAGGAUGAUCUUGUCGGCAGAAGAAGCAACUCCUCAGGAGAACAGACCGCCGCCCGGGCUCUUAGGUAUCGAAGCAGAGCGUUACCUUGAGGCUCACGCUUACCUACCUGCUGCCCACUGGAGUAUCUGGUACGCAUUCCACAAGGCCUUUGGGCCCGAGGACUUCAUAGCCUACUUGAACGACUGUCUGCCCUCCUACCUCAAGCUGAAGAAACGCCAGCCCACCCAACGUCGUUUUACCAAGCCCCACAUACCCAAGACACCGGCACAGCGCCAGAGCACGCAGCAGACACAACGCGCGCGGAAGGCCUCGUACAACGAGGCUCUCGAGAAGUCUCAAGAGGUUCUCGUCAGCAAGGCUCUCAAGCUUCACGGAGCAUUCGGUGGGAAGAGCGUUGAGCAUCACCUUGAGGCCAUCGUGCAAACUUCAUGCAUCAAGGGAAGCCGUCGUAGUAUAGAUCCUUGGAACGCGUAUCUCAGUAAGCGGCUGAGAGCUGUUAAUGACAACCUUGCGCCUGACGCUCAACAUCUAACGGCUGCUCAGUUUGGCACGCAGUUGAAGGAGGAGUGGAAUAACCUCACCCUGGAGGAGCGUGCCGCCAUCACUCUCGAGUCCAGCAAGGACCUUGAAGAUGUUCGAGCAAACAAGAAUUCUGUCGCUCACAACUUCCUGCGCACCGCUUGGCAUGAUGCUACAACAACCCUUGGCAACGUCUCCAACAUUCUGCAUGACCUUGCUUCGCGUACAGCUGUCAAGGUGCUACUUGUCGCUGUCCGCGCCGACGUCGACCACAUCAUGCGACCUUGGAUCUACUCUUCCGACGCCAAGGUUGAAGAAGAUUUUCAUUCAAUUACCAAGCACACCAUUGAGAGGUUUUCUAUGAGCCUGGAAGCUUGUUCUGUUGCAGGUCUCUCCAGUCUGGUCAACAACUACCGAGCCCAUAUUGCCGGCAUCAAGCACAGCAUUGUCUCUAUCAUUAACAAGAACCUCUCAAGUCACACCACCCACGCCGUCUUCCAAAAGACGCCGUACGCAACCUUUGACACGGCUGUCACGGAGAAAUACGGUGUUGUCUACGACGGCGGGAAUGCGCCCAUCAAAUUUUGCAACCUGUCCUCCAUCGGGAGUAUCUUCAACCUUUGCCUCAUGCUCGCAGCCUGGCAGAAUAAGACAGUGAAGUUCCGCAAGUUCACAAAGGAGGAGUGGGAGGCGUGGGAGGAGGCACAAUUUCAGGCGGCCAUGGAUCGGAUGAGCUCGGAUACCUCCGACGUACCUCAACAUGUGGACACGUCAUCUAUGGUGCAUGCACAGCCCGCCUCGCAGCUCCUAUCCCCUGCCACUCAACUCGAGUCCUUCAAUGUCCAGCCGCCUCCUGCUGAGUUUGCACCGGUCUCCUUCGACUUCCAGCCUGCUUCCACCAGUCUCCAACCUCCGAGUGCAGCGUUCAACGGGGUCCAACCAACACCUGCAGAUUAUCAGCUCACCCUCGGCGGCUAUCCGGUCGGGCCCAACUACCCGCCGGACCUUGGUUACCAGACUCCAUCCGCCAAUCACAAGCUGACGGCAUUUGGCACGGAGAGUUAUAUGCCUCCUCCGCUCGCUCCCGCGGCCAUGACUUUUGAGUUUGUGAACUCCUUCGUGGGCCCUAGCGGCCAUGAUUUUGUCCCUGUCAAUGGGAACCGUAGGAAAAGGGCGAAGAAGUGA